AUGAUCAUCACUUCGUCCAGUGGCUUCUUCCCAGGGAGAAGCCUGAGAGGGCUGCGCCGGAGUGGCAUCAGACAUGCUUCAAUGCAACGCUCCGUUCGGUUCUUGCGCAACGGUGGGAAGCCUCCGGCGGCGGCUGGUCGCAGGAUUCUUCGCGCGAGAUCAUCUCUCAUCACCAAUCCGGAGGAUUUCGAGGUGGGGAGGUUCAUUGGAAGCUACGGAUUCAUGAAUGUCACCAGGUUCGUUUUAGCUGCUUCCCCAAGCUUAGACUUAAUACGCGUGGUAAAAUCGCCAGGAUACGAGUUGAACCUCCAAGUACUGUUCUGAUUUGGCUAUGUGCCGUGUGAUUUUCAUUUUUAUAUUUUCAAACGAGCUCAUGUCAUCUUCUUAUACCUCGUGGGCUCUCACGAGACAAAUAAUUUAGUGCCCCGCACCGCAAUGACAUUACGUAUACGAGAAAGAAAAAAAACUAGAUGUACAGCUUUCCAUCCUCGGGAAGAAAAGAGGAAAAAAGAUAUGACUAAGGGGAGAGAGGGAAAGAGAGUCCAUGGCAGAAUUGCACGGGUCCGAAUCGGCAAAUGACUGAUUUGAAAACAGCUUCAUAAUCGGUAAUCGUUAUAUAAAUCUUAUUAUCUAUUUACCAAGCAGGUACAUAGGUUUUGUACUAAUGCCCCUAAAACUCGGUCGAAUUUCUAUCUUUGCCUCUUUUCUCUGAACUUCUGUAUCCCUAGAUGUGAUUGAGUUCCAAUAUAAGCCCACGUUGCAGCGUAAUCAAAUUUACGCAGUAAAACAAUAUUUUAUAAAAAUCUUGUACCAACUUCAUGAGAAAAUCCGAUCUAGGUUAAUUUUCCGUGACUCCUUUGUCCAUUUGUUUUCUUUACUUUAUGUUGCUCAUUAUUUGGUUAAACUUGCAGAUAUACGAGCUCUUGUAGUGCAUCAUGUUAAUAAGUGAUGGCACAUGUACAUGUAAUUACAUUCCAAGUUAACACGCCUUACAGGGAGUUUUUCUGUAAGAAUUUGAAUCGGAUGAUGCUUUAUACUCACGUUUCUUGCUAAGUAACAAUCUUGGAGUAAAUGGUGGUGCUUAUAAGAUUGUGAUGUUUGUUAAUAAUGAUGGUGUUCGUACAAUAAAUAACUUACAAAGUGACUGAAACCUAUUUAAUCAUAAUAGUUAGUGGUAUUAAUCUAAUAAUGUCAACCUAGUUUGUUAUUUCACCAGAUUGGGUGGUUCCAGUGUUGUUACCUAGCUUAAUCUAUUUCCUAUGCUGUUCUGGUGUUUGUUUUGUAUGCUCUAGUUAAAUUGACUCUCAUUUGUGAUGUCAUGUUUUUUAUGAUGUAUUUACUUAUCUUCAAGACAACUUGUUUUCCUUUAUUAAUUUCGUUGAAAUUCCUAUCACGAGUGAAUGUAGUAGGUUGGUCACAUAGAACAGCAUUAUUAAGAAUAAAAAAAUAAAUGUAUUUUUUUAUUAGAAUAGGUUAAACACAAUUUUUUAUUACAUAAUUAAUGGAUACAUUUAUUUCCAUCUUCAUUUACGAUACAGGUAAGUAUGCAUAUUUCACUUUCAAACUGACUUGAACUUGGGACACACGAGUUACACGAUCUAAUCUACUGCAGAGCCUGAGUGUCAAUUCUUGGAUUCUAAUUGGGCAAUGGCUAGAAUAUCGGGGAUUUCCUGUGGCCAGCAGCUUACUAUCUAAUUCAGUGACUAUAUGUCUUUAAAGUGAUUUAGUCCUUGUGAAUAUUCAUUGAGCUCUAGGUUAUUCAGAAUAAAUAUUUUUGUAUAAGGGUAGGAUGGUUGACACCCUUGGCAUCUAGAAUUUACUUGCUGACCAGAAGGUACGAAUUUACAUUUCGAACAUGCUGGUGAUGGCCAAUUACGUCUUUAAAUAAAUUCCAUCUAAUUGUGGUUGAUUUUAUAGAUUCGUGAUUGCUGUAGAACAGAGAAGAUUCUAUGGCUUAUCUGUGGUGGUACUUGAUAUUUUAUACAAUGCCGUACAAUACUUAUUUCGUAUUCUAAUGCACCAAGCUCUUGCGACUUAUUUUAUUCCAUUUCACAAUGGUUCUUAAAUGUAUGCAGCUUUUCAUCAUUUAAUUUACGGGGGCUUUCUAGUGGUGGAGGGCUUGAAGAACUGGAUGUCAGGUAUUCUCCAGAAGAUAUUGAGAGGUUAAAAGUUCAAGACGUUGGAGAAGGCCAAGUGAAGAUCAGGUGUCUUCCUAGCUCUGUAAUAUAUUCUUUAAUUAGAUGUUAUUUCUUUUACUAAUAUACUUUACUCAUGACAGUCUAUUUUCAGGCUUUAUGAAGGAAGGAUUGUCCAAGGUCCACUUAGAGGGACUCGGAUAAUCUUCAAGGUAUUUAUUUAUCUAUUGCAAUACUCUACGAUUUGACGAAAAGUGUUUGUCGUAUUUAUCACCUACUUGAAACCUUUCUGUUUUGUCAUUUCUUAAUCGUGUUUAUAACACACUAGUCUGCAUAUAAAGGUAAUACCGACAUAUUUAGAGUAAUAAGGGAUCACAAUCUGUUAGAACAAGUUUCACUACUGAUUGUGACGAGUUUUUCACCAAGUAAUGAAUACUGACUGAGGCCUCUGUGGCCUGUUUUUUGCGUUUGUUCAGGUAUACCCUGGGCUGCGUGCUGGUGGCGUGGAGGCGGAUAUGAUGGCUGCCAAUGAGCUCAAUUGUCACGCUUUCCUUCAAGUAGGAAGAACUCUUGACAUAAUUUUGAUGCUAAUUAAGCCUCCUUUUCAAUCUUCAUCAUCUAACGCUUUGCAACUAUUAUGUUCUCAACUUUGUCCUUUCACAAUUCAGGGUGAGACUGGACGUAUAUGCCAAAAUAUUCAGAUUUUCUUAGGGGGUUUUGAGACAAAAACUGGAGAGCAGGUUGAAAAUACCAAUUUUUAAUUUCUUUUCACAUGUAUAUCAUGCUUUCUGUUUCAGCAACUGAUGCCCAAAUUGUGGCUUCUCUGCAGUGGCUGGCCUUCCGUAAUGAUGGGAUAUAUAGCGCUGCAGACUAUGCUAAAAUCAUGGGUGAAGAUGUGUUGAAAUAUCGGACUGAGCAAAGGUCAUGGAACCCCUUUGACUGGGAACAAAAGAUGACGCGGAGAAGAAAGUUUGUCAUCAAGCUUCUCAAUGGUGCCAUGGGUGGGCUUGCUUACAUGCACAGCAACGAAAGAUUGCACCAGAGUCUUGGACCGGCUUCUGUUGUUCUCAAGUACAUAUCAUAUCAACAUUUAUUUACAUGUAUUUUAUAGAUUAUUUGCUCUUUGCAUUUAUUUUGACAGCCAUUGUGAUGGUUGACAGUACGAUUAUGGAAAAAGAUGCAGACUACUUGGUGCCACGACUUCGUGAUCUGGCCUUCUCAGUUGACAUUAGGCAAGCUCACCAUUCUCUGUCUCCGGAAUCAUGUCUGUCCAGUAAUAAUUUUACCUUUGUCAGCCUAAAACCUGAAAAGAACAUAUUAAGAUUUAUUCUUUCUUGAUGUGGUUAAGAAAUUGAAGUGAUCUCAUUUGGCUUCAGGAGUUUCCUUGCAUGUUAUGCAACCAGAUCGCCUGCAAGCUUUCCCAUGUUUCGAUGUACAUAAUCAUGUGAUUGGUGAUCCAGUGUGUGAUAAAGUAAGGGAUUAUAAAAAUGGACAACAUAUGUGUAUGCUUUCGACGGAUUUUAUUCAGGAGUCCAAAAAAUAAUUUCUUAUGUUAAAAAAACAUGUUCUUAGUGGAGAUUCUUGAUCAGAUUGUUGAGCUUAAGAUAAUUUACAUCUCACAUCUUAGAGAAUAUUUGAUAGAUUCAAUCAGGGGUUUUGGAGUAGACAGACUAAAUACAGUGGUCUCUGAGGGUUCCUCAAAUGGUCAUAUAACUGGAGGUACAUUGAAAACACAUGGCACUCUGCUAGGGUUAUUGAAUUCAGAUGCUCUGUAUUAUGUUCACAAUAUGCUUCAUAGUAUUUCCAGUUCAUGAAUGAUUUUAGAGUUUUACUUUUUCAGGUAGUGGGGCAUAAAUUCCUGUCUCAUUAGUGAUGGAACUUGAGCGGAUCGUCUUUGAUAAUCAUCUUAUAAUUUUUUACUGCCUUAUACCAAAGUAUGAAUAUUUCCAACCCCCACGAAUUUUCUUCAGUAAUUCCGAAGUCAAUGCGGACUUCUGUUUUCGACAUUUUUUGCCACUAAAGUGGUUCUUCUUGGAUUCCUAGUUAUGGGACAGUAAUCGGUGAUAUUUUUCAAGUUGAGGCAAACAAAACAAAAUGCAAAAUUAAUAAUCUGAUAGAUAAGCUAUGAAAGAUUCUCGGAUUUCUUUUCUAUGCAUCAGAUCCUCCUUGAAAAUAGAAUGUUCUGACACCCCUAACCGUUGAGUUCCUUUGGACGUCGUUAAUUCAAUUAAAUUUUCAUGUUGAGGCUGAAGUGGUAGAUCUGAGGCUCCUGUGGUCACAGGAAAUAAGUGCCGAACCUCUACAUCUUAAUCUCUAUUACACGCCAUGUAUUUUUAGAUCAUUUCCGUGACACUUAAUGUGGCAGAAAUUACAGUUUGCUAUCUGCAUCCUCUUUUCCUUUACUUUAUAACUUUUCUAUCAUCGGCUGUACCACCUUCCAACAAAAAUUUAAACGUUCUCUAUCACCUCAGCAAUAAUAACUUAUGAAGACAAUCUUGUGCUAGAAACACGAGAUAAAACCUAAUGCCUUCUGCUGACAAUGCACAAAUGGCUAACAUAAGGUUUAUUGACUGACUUAGUCCAGGUCAAAACAUAUCGGAAAAUAAUAUUUUAUCCGAUAUCAGUUAAUCAUAGGAUUUAUUCCCUCAAGUUGGAGUCACAUAUAUCAGUGUUCAAAGUCUUUCCAUAUUUCUUUCGACUGUUUUUCUUUCCUUGACAUCAACCAUCCACCAAGUGAUGACCGUCUUGGUCUACAGAGAAUCUUGUGGCAUGUCGGAAGACAUGCAAAUAUGUGGUGAAUGGGGAGGUUACGUUUGUUGAUGCGGCCCCUUUUCUUGAAUCUUGAAUAAUCGACAAAUUAUGUAGGUUGUGUUAGGGAACUUAAGUUAUCCUUCUUAUCUCAAGGCUCUUCUGGUAAAUUAGAUAUCGCAUGAUCUAUGUAUCAAGUCUAGUAUUGCGUUCUCGAUCACAGGUAUUCAUCGUUAGACACGAGUCCAGGAGUGCUCUCUGAAGGGCUAUGGCGCCGGGCCUCUGCAGCUGGGGCUUUUACGCUCCUGGAGAAAAGAGCUUUUGGGAUAGCUGAUGACAUGUAAAAUAGCGGCAGAUAUUUCCAUCUAUGUUUACCAUAAAACGUGGCCUGAUAGACAGCUUACUUAGUCUAAAUUUCAUUGUUUUCAUGUCUACCUGCAAGCAGAUUUGAGGCGGGUCUUCUGUUUUUGUACCUGACAUUCCUUCCAUUCUGUGAAUCAGGCGCCAUGGAUGGUCUUUCCUUGCAAGUAAGAGUAGCUUAUUGCAAAACUGUUUCUUCCUGAUCAACCAUAUAUCAACAUAUUUUUUAUUUUAUUUUUAUUUUUAUUUUUUUACUGAAUCAAUUUUGAGUAUAAAAUCUCGCAGAGGCUUUUUGAGGGCACUUUCCAGCUUGACCUUGAAGCUGCAAGAGAGUAAGGGUUCCUGCUCUGUUGUUGCCUUCAUUUUAAUGGCUAUUUCUACGAUUUUUUCUGAUCAUGUAAAAAUUUGGAUGUUCUUCUCAGUUCCCGAAUCAGAAUUUUCAUAUUUUCGGAAAACCCUUUUUUGCAUAGAUCAAGAUUUAUUAACUAUCAUUCAACUGGCAUCAGAUGUAGGUGUUCUUUCAGGCUCUCCACUUGAUCUAUCAUUUUAAUGUUGACUGCUUUCUAUGCUGUAGAAAUCUUCUCUGAAUGUCAUUUUAACCGGUUUUUGCCAUUACCCUGCUGGCCCGUGGGCUUACUUACCACACUGAGUCAAUGCACAUUGACUCUCAUUAUUCCCACCAUUACUAUUCUCCAUAACUUAUUUGAGUCAAAACUGAGCUGGUCUCAGUAGCUAUGAGUGUUGAAAAAACAUAGGGGACAACCAUCUCAAGAUUCAUUCACCUCUAACACCCAUUAUAUGGGGCGAAACUCUAGAUAACUUUCCAAAAAUGCCCUCAUUCUUUAAUAGUAUUUCCUUUUUUUAAGACUUACAACUUCCAACAAUGAGGUGUAUAAACUGAAUCAGUAAUCAGACUGUCUCUUCCCAGACUUGUGUUCAAGGGGUUGACUUGGUUUGUAUCCUAUUUUAUAGCGGAAGGUCAACUAGUCCAACAAACAUGUUAGAAAUAUAUGUUCAAGGGUUGACUCGGUUUAUAUCCUAUUUUAUGCAAGUAUUUCUCUCAGUUUAUAUCUUAUUUUAGGGCAGAUGAUAUUCUGCCGAAAAGAAAAGCUUAUCGUUUACGCACGCCCUCUUGGUUAUGUCUGCUGAGUCUUUCAGGUACUGCCUGGCGGAUGACCGCUUAAGAGAAGCCGUCAAGUUCUUGGACCUUGGUAAUCGCGCAGGCUGGGAGCUGCUUCAGGUCAGCUUUUGACCCUAUUCUUUUGGGUGAUCUUCUUUCCCAUAUAUAUCCAUCUGACAAACACUAAAAGAGGAAAAAAGUUCCCUCUUUUUUCCUGCCAGCUGGGAUCUGCAGAUGAUCCCUACUUCCUUUUUCCCUCCUCCUCCUCCGGAUAGCUCCCUUAGUGUUGCAUAUUACGUGGGGUGUCAACGUGUUGACUGGGCUUUGUUGACUGCCACGUGGCUUCAUUUUUUGUUCUGCACGUGGCAGUGGGUGAUUCUCCUGUAUAUCAGAAUGCUCCUUAGUGGAUUGGCUUUUGACCUCUACUCCCUCUUUUUUUCUUUUGAUUUGCUGCAUAAUUUCUUCUGUUUGCUCUUUUGGGUGGUGUGAAUGGGGGCUUCUUUUGGUCGCUGACUUUUUUGUGUGCUGCUGACGCAGUCAAUGCUAAACCCGGAUUAUCGUCAACGCCCAAUUGCCGAAGCAGUACUCAGCCACCGCUUCAUGACUGGCGCUGCCCUCUGA